AUGCAAAAAGAUGACAUCAACGUAUACGAUGACUUUGGUGGAAUAGACAUGAUAAGCAGCAGGUUGGAGCAUAAGAAGGUUCUUAUUGUUAUAGAUGACGUGAACAAUCCAGAGCAAUUACGAAAAUUAGCUGGCAAGCAUGAUUGGUUUGGCAUGGGCAGUUGGAUCAUAAUAACAUCAAGAAACAAACGAUUGUUGCUAUCCCAUGGAGUAAAUGAAGUUUAUGAGGUUGAGAAAUUAAAUGAUGAUGAAGCCCUCCAAUUAUUCAUUUCAAAAGCCUUUAAGAAACAUCAACCUUCAGAAAGUUUUAAGAAGCUAUCCAAACGUGUUGUACAGUAUGCUAGUGGUCUUCCAUUAGCUCUUGAAGUUUUGGGCUCCUUUUUGUGUGGAAGAGAAGUUCAUAAAUGGGAAGAUGCAUUGCAAAGACUAAAAAGAGAAUGUGACGAAGAUAUACUGAAAGUACUUCAAAUAAGCUUUGAUGAACUAAAAGAAUCAGAGAAAAAAAUAUUUCUUGAUAUAGCGUGUUUCUUUAAAGGAGAGAAUAGAGAUUAUGUGACAAGAAUUCUUAAAAGUUGUGAUUUUUCUCCAAUUGUUGGAAUAGAUGUUCUAAUCGAAAAAUCGCUCAUAAUUAUUUCACAUAACAAUACAUUGUGGAUGCACGAUUUGUUACAACAAAUGAGUCAACAAAUUGUCAAGAGAGAGUGCCCCGGAGAGCCUGGAAAACGCAGUAGAUUGUGGAUGGAAGCAGACAUUCGUCGUGUAUUGACAGAGAACACGGGAACUGAAGUUGUUGAAGGCAUAAUACUCAAUUUUUCUGAAGAAAAGAUUCAUUGUUGUGCUAAAGCAUUUUCGAAAAUGAUCAAUCUAAGAUUACUCAAGAUCCGCAAUGUUCAACUUCCAGAAGGCCUUGAUUACCUUCCCAACAACUUGAGUUUACUUGAUUGGGAAGGAUAUCCUUUAAAAUCCUUACCAACAAAUUUGCGUUUGGACAGAAUUAUUGAGCUGAAAAUGGAUCAGAGCCACAUUGAACAAUUGUCACAGGGAAUAACUCCUUUCAACAAUUUGGAAUCCAUCAGUUUUGAAAAGUGUAAGUGCCUCAUCAAAACACCAGAUUUCACAUUUGCCCCAAAUCUCAAAAAUGUGAUUCUUAAAAGAUGUAAAAUGUUGCGUGAGAUUCACCCGUCUUUGUUGGUUCACAAAAAGAUUACUCAUUUGGAUAUGACAUUUUGUGUAAGUCUUACAACUCUACCAAACCAGAUUCAUAUGGAAUCUCUAAAAGAACUUUCUCUAGGUUUGUGCUUCAAAUUGGAGAAGUUUCCAGAGAUUGUAGGAAGUAUGGAUUGUCUACGUCACAUUUGGUUAGAUUCAACUGCUGUUAAAGUACUGCCAAUGUCAAUUGAACUUUUGAGUGGACUUGAAUAUUUAUGUUUGGCAGGCUGCAAAAAUCUUGUGAGUCUUCCAGUCAAUAUAAAUGGUUUGAAAUCUCUUCAAAAACUUGAACUUUCUGGAUGCUCCAAACUUGAUAACUUGCCAGAGACUUUGGGGCAAGUUGAAAAGCUAUCGACACUUCAUGUAGGAGGAACUGCGAUAAGACGACCAAUGGAGUCCAUUUUUCUUAUGAAGAAUCUUGCAGAGUUAGAUUUUGAUGGAUGCAAAAGACCGCCAUCAAACUCAUGGUCUUCACUCUUCCUCAAGACUUUUAGAUUGCCCACUUUGUCAGGUUUGUGUACAUCUUUAACAAGAUUAUAUCUCGCUGACUGCAAUAUGGAGGAAAGGGAUAUUCUUAAUGACUUUUUCGAUAGCUUUCCUUCAUUAGGGGAAUUAGAACUAAGCAAAAACAAUUUUGUUUCACUACCUGAAAGCAUCAAUCAUCUUUCUAAGCUUGAACUUCUUCGCUUGAACGGUUGUAAGAGACUUCGAUCUCUACCAGAACUUCCAUCCAACCUAAUAUCUAUUAACGCAUCUUCAAUGCCCAGAGAAUUCCUUAAGGCAAUGUCAAAGCCACAAACAGAGAUGAUAUCCUCCUCGCGAUUAAUCAAUUUGAUGGUUAUUCCUGAGGAAAGGUUACUUGUAUACGAGUAUUUAUCAAAUGGAAACCUCUAUGACUGGCUACAUCCAGAUGAAGGCGAAUCAAUCAACAUAGAUUGGCCUUUGAGGGUGAAGAAAUUGAAAAUUAUCUUUCAAAAUGCUCUUCUUUGCCCCAAGAAGAUGCCAUUGCCCUUUCCAGAUCAAAGGCCAACAAUGCUUCAAGUGUACAAAACACCUGGUGCUAUCGGAGAGAGAUAUGGCCUUGUUGAUACUUCUGAGGCUAUGAUGCGAAAUAAAAUUGCUACUGUAGAUAUUAGUGAUAUAUGCGUAAGUGUGAGAAUCCUAGGAUCGAAUGAGAAGAAAAACCAGAAUGCUAUAAUACUUUCCAGAGAAACAAACAGAAAACCUUGA